AUGGCUAGUUUAAUUCACAAUAACAUACCGGCUCGUUCUUCAGACCAGAUUGUGCCAGACAACGAUAACUUUAUUAUUCCACAAGAUGAUCAAACUGUAUCUGACCUCAUGGACAAAUUACUCUUCACAGAAGAUACAAAGACAAGAAGAGAAAGUGCAUCAAUCAUCGAUGACUUCUUUGGGGAUGCCUUAAAGUCCCCAUUUCUCUCCAGCAAAUCGUUCUUUCUCAGCGGUGCUCCAUGCAGCAAUGCAUCCAAGCUCUCCAGCAGAAUGCUAAACCCCAUGGAAAAACACAGCUUGUUCGGAGAUGAUACAUCCAGAAGAACUAGUUCCUCCUUAGUUGAAGAAUUCCUGGGAGAAGUAUCCAAUGGCAGUCUCCAUGGUGAAAAGGUAUGGAUCAAAUCAGAGCCACCUGAGUUUAUUGCUGCAAGCUCGGAGGCUUAUGACCAGGAGCCAGCAGAAGUUUUUGAUAUAGCUUCAACAAUGUAUGACUCAAUUAUUAUGACAAAUGGAGGUGCCAGUUUAGAGCCGAUGGACGAUGGAAGGAGCACUAGUAACAGCAGUACAGUGUUGGUUUCAGAUUCUCUCUGGGAAGAUCUCAAUAUGCUAGAAAACCCUGCCUCAUGCAGUGCCAGCAGGGCAACGACAUGUAGAAGCAUACAGAGCAGCAGCGGAAGGCAAGACCACCUGCCCAUCAAAUCAGAACCAGUUGACUAUGAAAGCAUGCUUUCUUGCCAGUUUGGACUUUCAGAAUCUUCCACAUUUCACAAUACAACCACAAGCCAGUCUGGCAGUAGAGACUCCUUUCUUUUUGAUAUGAAUUCAACUGACUCGUAUAGAAUACCCAGUGGUGCUAGCAAUACAACAGCAAUCUCAACAUAUAACCGACCCAUCCUGUCAUCAAAAUCAACAUUUAAUCAGCCACUUACCACAGACAUUACAACCAGCAAACAAAUCAUCAUUCAGCAUUCCUCAGCUAACAGCGGAGGUCUUGUUUGCCAAGCCCCUACAUCAGGGUUCAUUUCCCCGAAGCCCUAUUCCAGUUCCACCAUUUUUACUUCUUCCUCUGCUCCCCAUGUCGUUCCUAGUAUGUUUUUACCCCCAACUCCCCCCACCUCCCAACCUGCUAGCCCCAACAAUGAGGGUGUCCGUAGAACCCCACCACCUCCAUACCCAGGUAACAGUUCUCAAAUCCGCACCUGCGGCCUGAGUCCAGCACCAUCGUCUCUGCCCCUCACAGUCACAAUGACCAGCCAGGCCAAACCUGAGCGACCCAGGAAGCAACCGGUCACUCAUCCAGGAUGUUCCACUAUCAAGUAUAACAGAAAAAACAAUCCAGAACUAGAGAAGCGAAGGAUUCACUUCUGCGUCUUCCCUGGUUGCAGAAAAGCGUACACAAAGAGCUCCCACCUCAAGGCACAUCAAAGAAUCCACACAGGCGAAAAACCAUACAAGUGUCACAUACAGACCUGUGGAUGGAGGUUCGCCCGAUCAGACGAGCUUACCAGACACAUACGUAAACAUACAGGAGCCAAGCCUUUUAUAUGCAAAGUCUGCGAAAGAAGCUUCGCCAGAUCUGACCAUCUAGCCCUGCAUAUGAAACGCCAUGAGCCUAAGAACAAAUGA